AUCCUAUCUCACGCUAAAGAUAAACCUUUUCCCUCUCCGGAAAACUAAUCACAGAAAGAGGAAGUUCGUAGGGACACUGCCGUACAGUGAAACUGUCUCCUUAACAAUGCCGUGCUUUUUAACGUGGGCGAGGGCACGCUGAUAUAUGGAGAUGUUGUAUGCGAGCCGGCGGCUGAUCCGCGAAUGGGACACAGGCUGCAUGGAAGACGAAGGCUGCUGCUGCUGCGGAGUAGGAGAAGGAGAGUCAGGAUUACAUCGGCAAAACACUUUAUUCCAUCAUCUCCGCCAGCAAGAGACACGACUACGGAGAAUGGCCCAGUUUUUAACCGUGGCGCUCCUACUGCUGGUUGCACUCGUUGUGGCUUUGCUAGUCACGGUUGUGCUGGGAGGGCGAUGUAAUCAUCAGUCAGCGGACAGCCAUGGCCAGCCGACGAAGCCGCCCGAGAGCCAAGCAGUGUUCAGUGACGGACAGCAGCAACAGAAAGACUUCAACAAUCCAAGUGCCAUGCUGACAGCUCCUAAUGGCAACAACCUUUAUGGGGAAUAUCUUAAAUGGGAGAGUAACAUUGGAAAUGCCUUUUGUCAUGGAGGUUUCAACUACUCUGAUGGGAACCUUGUAGUGCCCAGGAAGGGCAUCUACAGCGUCUUCCUGCAGCUCACCUAUGAGAGAAAGAAAGAGCUCCAGUGUCCCAGUGAUAAUAAGCUGAAACUCACCAACGAGGUGUUCGUUAUCUCGGAUCAUUACAAUAGGGAUAUUACUCUCCUGUCAUCAGUCGACACAGUGAUUUGCAACAUGGAACAGUGGAGUAAAUCCACCUAUACGGGCGGCUUGUUCUUCCUGGAGGCUAACAGCAGACUACGCGUGAAUUCAACCUACCGUGACCUUAUUAGUAAAACAGAAUCACAGGUGUUCUUCGGUGCUGUGCUGCUGCUGCCUUAGUAACCUGGUACAGUUAGAACCUCCUAAAUCUGAUCUUGAAGUUGUUUUGCAACUUCAACUCUAUGGAAACUAAAGAGAAGUUACCAGUGCAGUUUUACAGUUUUCAUUUACUAUUACUGCAUUGCCUAUUGAAAACGUGUCUGUUCGGAACGGGCCCAUUUCCUGGCCUCUGGUAUUGCUGCUUGCAGUUUUCUUAAAAAACAUUUACUCGAAAAACCCAGGGAUGUGCACAGGCAUUUGGAGGGGCUAUUGCUCUAACCUGGAGAAAAAAAAGACCCCCC